AUGGCGGAUGUCACCACUCCACAACCCCCCUCGUCCUCGUCCACCAGCAGUCCCAGCCGCCGGAAACCCGUCCCUUUGCGCGCCCUCCCACCUAUUGAGCUUUACGACUGGGGGGAGAAUGCAAAGCCGCUUCCUGGCGUCCCUAAGUCAGAAUCUCCAAGGCUACGCCAGUCGCCCGUAUCGCCCGUCAAAGUUAGCUUUUUGCCCGACGACCGGCCGCGGUCGUCAAAUGCCAACAUUGAGACGACGCAGCCUCAGAAUUCUGACCAAGGCUCUGUACUGCUCGACCGCGCACUUCCCAAGACUCCCGACGCCCCGACGCCCCCGCCCCAUUCGCCCCGCGACGAUCACGAUCUUCCGCAAGAAGCCGCUCCUCGCGGUGCCCUUACCAUUCAAGCCGUCGUUGACGACGCCGAGAAGCCGCUACCGACCCUGGCAUUGCAAUCAGCUAAGCUAAGGCAAGGGGGUGCCGUCCUGAGUCCGGAACUCGAUGAUGCGAGCCUGAGUGACCGUUCGAGGAGAAAGGAUGUAAACCGCCACAGCAGGGAGUCGGACACUACGGCCAGUACUUCGCAACUGCAGGCCUCAACCGAGUCAUCGGCCGCGACAAGUGCGAGCUCUGUAUUUGGAAUUAAUGAGGUGUUGGAUGGGCAGAACAAUUCGGGAAAAGCGUCACCUGAGAGCUCUCUCAUCGAAUACGGUGCAGCCCGAGCCGAGUCCGUACCGCAGCUGCAGUACCAUCAUGCUGCCUUCCUCUCACGGCCAGCAAGUGUGGCACUGGACCAAGACCCAAGGGCUCAGUCGAACCCCAACCUCGUUGAGAACGCUGGCAGCAUCAACCGUCAUCUGACGCCCAGCUCCAACUAUAAUAGGAGAAGUUCGCUGCCACGGCCCCAUUCUUCAUAUUCGAUUUAUUCCGACUUCGGCCCCCGCGGGCGCUCACCUGGCGUAUAUGGAGGUGCCCACAACAGGGCCCCAUCUGCCCACUCUAGAAAAUCUCCCGAAACGAGACCCUCGUCGUUUUUGGAGCUGCUCAAUGUUCCAUAUCCGCAACCUGCACCGGCCCCGAUAACAUUUGAUAAUUCUCAGUUGCGACUUGCAGUAGGAAACAAUGCCUCUUUGUUGAGCGCUCAAAAGACUUUGGAGAUGUACAGGCAGAACGUCAAAAAGACUAACGACAUGUCUAUUCAAUACUCCUUUGCAGUGUUCCUCAUAGCCACAGUGCAAGAGCAAGGGUUGAACUUCGAUGAGCCCAGGAGGACUAAAAGUCCCGGCCCUGGGAAAGACUUGGACAAGGCCCCGGAGGCAGCUGCAGCAUACUCUGCCCCAGAGCUGGUGCGGGAAGCGCGUGCCAUCCUGCAGAAACUGUCUAAUAACGGCUAUCCCUUCGCACAGUACUACCUGGCCGACGGCUAUGCCUCGGGCUUGUUUAGCAAGGGAAAGGAGGACUACAACUCGGCAUUUCCGCUAUUUGUUCUCGCUGCGAAGCAUGGCCACGCAGAGUCGGCGUACCGCACUGGGCUGUGCUAUGAGUUCGGCUGGGGUUGUCGCAAAGACCCUACUAAGGCCGUGCAGUUUUUGCGCACAGCGGCGUCAAAGAGGCACCCGGGCGCGAUGACGAGACUAGGGAAGGCUUGUUUGUCGGGAGACCUGGGCGAGAAACGAUACCGAGAGGGCAUCAAGUGGCUAAAGCUGGCCGCCGAGUCCGCUGACACCAUGUACAAUGCCGCCCCGUAUCAUCUAGGGUGCCUGUACGAAACUGGAUAUGGCGAUGACAUCUUCCAGGACGAGGACUAUGCCGCCGAACUAUUCACCCAAGCUGCUGAUUUGGGUCACCCUGAGGCGAAUUAUAGGAUGGGUGAUGCGUACGAGCACGGCAAGCUUCGUUGCCCCCGGGAUCCUGCUCUGAGCGUGCAUUUUUAUACGGGAGCGGCUGAAAGAGGACAUGCCGCUGCCAUGAUGGGACUCUGCGCUUGGUACAUGGUUGGCGCGGAGCCUGUUCUGGAGAAGGAUGAAGAGGAAGCUUAUGAGUGGGCGAGAAGAUCGGCGGACCUCGGCUAUGUCAAGGCACAAUACGCUGUGGGGUACUUCACCGAAAUGGGCGUAGGCUGUCGACGCGAUAUAUUGGAAGCCAACGUGUGGUAUGUCAAGGCAGCCGAUGCAGGCGAAGAGCGCGCAAAAAUACGUCUGGCCGCGAUCCGGGCCGCUGUCAGCGGCGGGACCCCGAUGGAAGUUGCUGCGCCUCGGAAUGCUAAGAUCAAGAAGAGCACCACGGAGAAAGACGACAAGGAAUGCAAAAUAAUGUAA